AUGACACCUGGUGGAUUUAACUUGAGAUCUUGGGCAUCGAACAACCCUGUUGUCAAGACGAUCGCAGCGAAAGAAAACCUCUUAAAUGACAAUCUGAAACCUAAAGUUCUUGGCAUGCAGUGGGAUACUAUCAACGACACCCUCCUCUACCCCAACAGAGUGACCACAUCCGAAUCCAAUCCCCCAACGAAACGUGAAGUAUUACGUACUUCAUCAAAGAUAUAUGACCCCAUUGGGUUCCUUAACCCUGUAGUCGUUAAUGCGAAAAUUCUGAUGCAAGAGAUAUGGAUGAGAGGGUUGCAAUGGGAUGAACUCUUACCACCGGAAAUACAAGCGAGUUGGGAGAAACUGACUAAAGAAUUACAAGCAAGCACCCAU